CUUUUCAUAUUCAUAAAAUCGUUUGCUUUUGAAAAAGAAUUAGCCAUGAAAUUCCUUAUUGUUUGUGUCGCUCUCUUUGCCGUUGCCUUUGCCGCUCCAGCUCCUGACCACGAUGAACAUGCCGAAAUUGUGAAGUUGGAUUCCACUGUUGAUCAUGAUGGUUAUCAUUUUGUAGCUGAGACCAGUGAUGGCACCUCGUUCCACGAGGAGGGUAAACUCAAGGAAUUCCCCGGUGAUGAACACGAUCAUGAAAGCAAACAUGCCAUCAUUGUCCAUGGUUCUUACUCCUGGAAGGAUCAUCAUGAUGGCAAGACUUAUACUGUUGAAUAUGUUGCCGAUGAGAAGGGUUUCCAACCCAAGGGUGAACAUAUCAAAUUGAAUUGAAAAUCGAACAAAUGAUGACAAGUAAAUAAAGCAAAGCAUUUAAAAUGCAAACAGAUAUUUUUGUAA